AUGUCCUUUUCGUACCCAAUACCCUCGACACCCAGGGUCAUCUCUCCUUCGCCCACUCCAUCCGAAGCUUCCGAAGCAGGCAGAGACACCUACUUCGCACCCACAACGAGAUCAGCCGCAAAACAUCAGCACCAUAAAUCCCCCGAGCCAAUAACCGAAGAGAAAGAUGGCGAUGGCUCUAGCUCAAGCUCGGAUUCCUCGCUCGACAAACGAGCGCGGACACGAUCCCGUUCCCCAGGGCUGGCGUCCAUUGGCCCAGCUCAUAGCAGAAAGCGCCGAACGUCCGGCCUCACACCAGUCAAAACCGGGAAGAAGGCUGCAGUCAAAUCGGAAUCUAUCACAAAUGGCCAUCCUGUUUCGCCAGCUGGGCCUAAUGGUCAUCUUGCCCCAUAUUCAUAUUCAACAUUGCAAAACCGAUGGCGAGAAUUCUCGCGCUCGCCCUCACCACUGGGCCUCAUACCUCUCCAUCGGCAUUAUCGUUACCUCAUUCAUAAGCAUGAAAUACCACGUAAAGCCCUCCACGUCAGCAUUGGCUUCAUGACGUUGGCGUUCUACACAAAUGGUCUACAGACCUCUGCUAUUACACCCUGGCUCCUCAGCGCAUUGAUUCCAUGCGCUGCGACUGAUUAUCUCCGUCAUCGCUUUCAGAGUGUUAAUCGGGUGUAUAUAAAAUGUCUGGGCGCGCUGAUGCGCGAAACCGAAGUCGAUGGCUGGAACGGCGUGAUAUGGUAUCUUCUCGGUGCAUAUAUUGCUUUAAGGUUCUUUCCAAAGGACAUUGGAGUGAUGGGAGUCCUGUUGUUGAGCUGGUGCGAUACAGCCGCUUCUACGUUUGGAAGACUAUACGGGAGAUACACGAUUCGAUUGAGAAGCGGCAAGUCACUUGCCGGCACACUGGCCGCGUUCCUGACAGGGCUGUUGACUGCGAUUCUGUUCUGGGGCUGGCUUGCACCAAGGACGGGCACAUUCCCAGACGAUCCACCAGGUGCUUUCCUGUUUACAGGAGAACUCGGUCUGCCGCAUCAAUUAACACAAUAUCUUGGUUGGAAACCGGCAGAUGCCACAAUUGGGGGAGCUGCGGCACUCGGCCUGAUGAGUUUGUGGACAGGCUUAGUGGCUUCGUUCAGUGAAUUUGUUGACAUCCUUGGUUGGGAUGACAACCUCACUAUUCCUGUCCUGAGCAGCUUGGGCUUAUGGGGCUUCUUAAAGGUUUUUGGCGUUUGA